AUGUUUAUGGUGGUGGCUUGUAAAGCCCACCGAUUCAAAAUGCUACCUACUUCUACAGUGCCAAGUCGGUGGAGCAUGAGAAAAACUGAAGAGAUUUACGACUCUUUGGAGAGAGGCCUGGAACCGCUUCGACAAGUUAUCAACAUGGUAAAAACCCGGUCAAGUCGAGUAAUGGCGCCUCAAGCUGCCGCACCAUUAGCAAUUGCUUCCGCAGGUACAUCUCGUAUUGGCAAGGCUUCUGUGGAGUACGUACGUCUCCAGAGAGAGGAACAAUCAAGUAUGGUCGUGCUGUCUAAUGGUGAAAAAUACGCAAGGGCUCAAUCUCUUUUUGAACCAGUUAUUGAGAAACUUAGUGGCCUAUCUACCGUGGAGUUUUACGAGCAGAUGAGCAAGUGGAAGAGCGUAGUCGACAGCGAGCAAGGAAAUACUACUGCUGCAAAUUCGUCUACGGACGGAGACUCGACUGCGAUUAAGCCUACCAAAAGUGACUCGGACAGCUUCUUUGAUCAGCUUGAUUACGCUGAUGUGAUGGCUGAAAUGGAGGCAGAUCAAGAGUUGGCUAUGAAAGCCAUCUCAAUGACUGAUCUUGUUCGUGAGCGCAAUUUAGGGCGCAAGACGAUGGAAACUCAGAAACUGCAGAAUCUCCUUCAUUCUCCGAAAGCGAUGAAUGUCAGUCAACGCAAGUGUCGAAACGAAGUGAUAAGGAGGAGGAGGGUUCAUUGGUGA